AUGACUUGCGUUUUGUGGCCAGUUGCUUAUAAUCAGACCUGGAAACGAUCACUACCCUUGAUUCGUUUACUGAUUAUCUUCCUUCCGAUUGGGGGAACAUGGAAUUUAUGGAUUUCGAAGGUGUUCCCAGUUCAACAGUAUGGAGGGCUCGCAUUGAGUUAUAGUCGAAACGUGCAUUGGCCGCGUUGUCUCUCUUCCAAUCGAUUUACAUCCUCACAGCUCUCGCAUUUACCGUAA